CAACUCCACUCAGAGAGAACACACUUAAUCACAGUUAAAAUGCCCCUCACACUUAUUUACACAAAAUACACACCAGCAGUGUUCACACACACAUCUGUCUAUCUGUCAGUAUCUUUCUGCUUCUCUGUUCAUCUCUUUUUUCUUUUUCUGUCUGUCCGUCUAUCAGUUUAGCUCCCGCCCCACUUGUUGUGGAGAACAGAAACACACACAUUCUCAAACACAGCACUCACACACACACACACAUACUUGGAUUCGGGAUACUGGGUCUUGCUCUCUCUCUCUCUCUCUCUCUCUCUCUCUCUCUCUCUCUCUCUCUCUCUCUCUGUGCUGUGUUUAGUGUGUGGAUUCAGGUCUCUGGUAGCUCUGUUCUGCAGACUGUCCACUGCUGCUGCUGCUGCAGGCUGAGGUGGAGUAAUGGAUUGUAGUCUUCUGACUCUUCUGCAAUGGGUGGCAGUCCUGGCUGUAGCAGUGUCCGGUGCCAUGGAUGACGCAGCAGAUAAUGGGCACCUCAGAUGGGCAGAUGCACCACUUGUUGUGGACAGACAAACAGUGCAGCUGCAAAACCCUAAUUUCAGCAAUCCCAGAGAUCCUGGCACAGUCUGUGGGAUUGAGUGCCAGAGGAACCUUCCAGAACCAGGGCCUGCUGAGCUGGAGCAGCUUCUGUCCUACGAGACGUUGUUUGAGAAUGGGACACGUACGCUCACUCAAGUGGCACUACAGGGCCUUCAAAAUGUAAGGAACAUCACAUUUCCUGUUGCUGCCUCCUCACCUGUAGGCCUGAACCGAAGGAAACGUCAGGUUUACGGCAUGGACGGACGCUUUGUGAUCACUGAUAAGCAUUUUGUAACCAGCUACCCGUUUUCUGCUUCAGUGAAGCUUUCCACUGGGUGCUCAGGGAUUCUUGUGUCUCCCAAACAUGUCCUGACUGCUGCCCACUGUGUCCACAAUGGGCAAGACUACCUGAAAGGAAGCAGGAGGCUGCGAGUGGGUGUCAUGAAGCUACGCUCCAAGCGAGGCAGCGGAGAAAGAGGCGGCAAGAACAGCAGAAGGAGGGAAAUGGGACCAGAAGCACAAGACUUACGUGAACACGGCGGAGAGAAAAGAAAGAGGAAGAAGGAAAGGAAGGAAAAGAAUCGGGCCAGAAGAAGUGCUGGGAUUGGCCAGUCGACAUCUGGUGGGGAACACAAAGAGUCUAAGCAACCAGGGCUCCGGUGGACAAGAGUCAAGCAGACGUACAUUCCCAAAGGCUGGACGAAGGAGGUGGGCAAUGAACUGGCUUUGGACUAUGACUAUGCCUUGCUGGAGCUGAAGCGAGCCGCCCGGAUGAAACACAUGGAUUUGGGUGUUUUACCGCUGGUCAAAAAGGCCUCAGCUGCGAGGGUCCACUUUUCCGGCUAUGAUGACGAUUAUCCAGGGAAAGUUGUGUACCGUUUCUGCUCCAUUUCAGAAGAGUCCAAAGAUCUGAUGUACCAAUACUGUGAUGCUCAGCAGGGCUCCAGUGGAGCAGGAGUCUACGUCAGACUUAGUGAGCCAGCCAGGAGUAUGGCGGGUAAAAGAAAGUGGAGGAGGAAGGUAAUUGCCAUCUUCUCUGGACACAAAUGGGUGGAUGUGAACGGAAAGCAAAGGGACUACAAUGUGGCGGUCAGAAUCACACCGGCAAAGUUUGCACAGAUAUGCCACUGGAUCCAUGGAGACUCUAAGAAGUGCAACCUAGCCUGAGCUGGUCCCCAGACUGUUUGGAUGUUCUCCAGUCUCCCAGAGAGUUAUUAUCCAGAGAGUGAUUCAAGAAGUGGGUGAAAAUAUUAAGAUUAUUAAAAACAUGAAAAAUCCCAUGAUCAAUCAUUUAAGGCUGAUCAUUGAAAGAAGAGCUUUCUUGAAACCCAGGUCAAUGUUGGCUUUAGACUCGUGUAAAGCUGUGGGUUGAUUCAACUGCAAUUUAAGGUAGUGUUGUUGAUCCUAAAGGGACUUUUUAAGGUAGUAACUUUGGAUUUGGAUGUUUUUUUUUUUCCUUUUUCUCCAGCGCACUGUCUUACUUUCUAUAUCUUUUGUAGGAUGACUAAGUUGCCACUAGCAAGAAGUACAGAAGACAAACACCUUUAAGCUGUCUUAUUUGCAACUAGAUAAGUCUAAAUGCCCUUUCUAAACACAGGCUGCGUCCAGAAACUUAUGCUCCUCCUCCUCUCCGAUCCCAGAAGAAGGUGGAGAAAUCGAGGAGAGGAGAGGAGGAGGAGGAAUGGAGGGAAGGAGCUGUAAUUGGGGAAAUAGGACAGCUGAUCCCUUUCAGAUAAGAUGUUGACUACCGAUGAACUGAGCCAAUCACAACCCUCACUUUCAGCACAAGCCAGAUACUGCCCAGCCAAUCACAGCUUCAAUAUUAAAAGUGAAAUAUGAUUUUAUUGAAUGUAACACAAAUAUUAAUAAUACAUAUUAAAUAUAACAACAAAUAAAAAUAAUAUAUUUAAAUAAUAUAUAUGUGGUAGGUUGUGUUAACUGCAUAAACAAUAUUUAGGCUCAGUUCCAGUAUAUAAAGCCAGGUGGCAAAAAAAGAGCGUAAGCUUAUCUAAACUAUAAAUUAUAUUACUGCUUUAAUGUCUGUUUAAUUAGAUAAGGAACCUAUUUAAUUAAUAUGCUUAUGACGUAUAUUUGUGCGUUGCCUUCUUGCCUUCUCGCAUGCUCUGUGGGCGUGGAUGCAGUGAUGCCAUUCGAAAAACCUCUGUAUCCUCUGUUGGAAGCCUCUUCAAGGAGGAUUUUAAGUGGUGUCUCCUACAGUAUUACAGGAGGAUCAGUAGGAAAAAGGAGACAUAUUUGGGGUUUCUGGACGUAGCCAUAGUCUUUGUUGUGACCAUGUUAAUAUGUUGGUGCAGCCAAACCAAAUCCUUAUUUUCCUAAAAGAGCAGUUCUUGUAUUCAAUUUGUAGAUCUCUUUGUCCUCCAUAGCCCAUUGCUAUAUUUUUCAAUGGGCUGAACAUGUCAGCCUCUCCUGAUUUUCAAAUUUACUUACAAGAACUAAAUUUUGUAUGUUUAAUUUCCUAAGUACUAGAUCCUGUGAACGUUCUAUACAUGAUGGGCAAGGAAGAGUUUGAAAAUGUCAAGUUUUUUAGUCAGUUUGACUCAACGAUGCAUCAGUUCAUAAAUUUAGCAGGAUAACCACACUUUUUGCUGUACAGAAGAUUGCAUCUAGAAUCAGUGCUAAAUAUGUCCAUUGAACCAUUUCUUUAAGGUGAAUAUGGAUCAGGAAGGAUUUAAUUGUUUGUAUGUUUUUGUUUUUUACUGUAAAAUGGUGCUCAACUAAAUGUUAAAUUCCUGAAAAAUU